AUGUCAUUUGAAGUGAUUUCCAUGGAGCAGUUGGAGAAUAAAUAUCCCUGCCGAGCAGAUUUCAUACGAAUUUUAUAUAGUAUGAUAUCCAACCCUCAAGAAAAUUUUCCACAAGCGAUCUACAUCAGUGGACACACCGGAACUGGGAAAACUGCGAUUGUGAAAGAUUUCCUCAAAACGCCUGGAUUUAAAACAUUUCGCGCGGUACAUGUGAACUGUGUGGAAUGCUACAGUACGAAGAUUUUGUAUGAACAUAUAUUGGAAGUAUUGCUCGCAUCCGAAGCAAGGUGUGACACAUUCAAAGAAUUUGUGGAAAUACUAAGACUGUCGAAUGUCGAAGUUGGAAAUGCCUUCGUUAUUGCUUUGGAUAAUGCCGAUCGAUUAAGAGAUAUGGACAAUAAUAUUUUGCCUUCGCUGCUACGACUACAAGAAUUUACAGGCCUUAAUAUAUGUGUAUUGUUAAUAUCUCAAAUUCCAUUGGAAAAGUAUCACUGCAAAACAGGACUUUCGGAGAUUAUAUCUUUGUACACACCACAGUACACCAAAGUUGAAACUUUAAAAAUUUUGAGUGGUAAUUUCGAAAAUAACCUUCGCAUGGUACGAAGUCGAAUAAACUCCACGUCUUGUGAAGAAAGCCGACAAAACCAAUGUGCGAUUGUUGAUCAAAUAACCCAGGAGUUCUACAAUAAUUACCUCAACGUGUUUUUAAGUGUCUUCUACAAAGCAUGUCGCGAUGUCCCAGAAUUAAAAAUAACUGCUAGCAAAUGUUUCUUUACAUAUAUUGAGCCAGUUCUUAAUGGUACUGUCGAAAUUACCGAUGUUGCAAGAUUAUGGCGAAAUAUUGCAGCACCGCUACGAUCUUCUCUAUCUCAAGUAUACAUGCGGUUCGAUAAAUCCGAGAAAGAGGUGCGUUGCUUUGCUAGAUCCCAGAAUUACGAAGGAAAUUCCGCCGAUAAUAGUCUACGCAAAUUAGCACAAACUUUUGAACUACCAUUCUACGGUAAAUAUUUAUUGAUUGCAGCUUUCCUAGCCAGUCAUAAUUCUGCCAAAGAAGAUAAAAGGCUCUUUGUCAAACAUCAUGGAAAACAACGCAAGCGAAUGCAAAGCGUUAAUGCCAAAGCAAAGGUUGCGGAGAAAAUGUCGUCAUCUUUGGGACCCAAAUCAUUCAGCCUUGAUCGGUUACUAGCUAUAUUUUAUGCAAUUCUGGAUGAAAAGGUUGGCCUUACGUGUAAUCUUCUUUCCCAAAUAUCAACAUUAGUCCAUUUGAAGCUAUUGGGGUUUGUUAGCGGAGAGAAUAAUGUAAUGGAUGGCUCGGCACGUCUUCAGUGCACAGUUGGCCUGGAAUUUGUUUUAUAUAUUGGAAAAAUUGUUGGUUUUAAUGUCUAUCAAUAUUUAUGCGAUUUUGCAUGA